AACAGAAACGGUAGUGUAGGAAACUGAAUUAAAAUGACGAGAGAUAAAAGAAACGAGGAACAUCAGCCUUUACUUAAAGACAUAAAAGAAACAAAGGGGACAUUUAAGGUUCCUAACAGAUCGCUUCUACUGGCUGUUUGUGCAGCAUGUAUCGGAGGGACCUUUCAGUAUGGUUAUAAUAUUUCAAUAAUCAAUGCUCCCACAAAGUCUGUGCAGAAUUUCAUCAACCAAACGUGGCUGGAACGUUAUGACAGUCAGAUCUCAGAGCAAGCCCUUACUCUGCUCUGGUCCACCAUCGUGUCCAUUUUCACUUUAGGAGGAUUUGUUGGAGCAUCAAUUGGUGGAACACUAGCCAUUAGAUUUGGGAGAAAAGGGACACUGCUUUUCAACAACCUGUUUGCCCUGCUGGCGGCUCUGUUCAUGGGCCUGAGCUACCCCACUGGAGCGUUUGAACUCCUCAUUGUUGGACGUUUCCUCACAGGGCUUAAUGCAGGUAUUGGCAUAUGUACUCAGCCUCUCUACCUGGGGGAAAUAGCCCCUAGGGCACUCCGGGGUGCCAUGGCGAUGGGGACCUCCAUAUUUAUCACUGGGGGGAUUCUUACUGGACAGGUGAUUGGUCUAAAUGAACUACUGGGUAAAGAGGAGUACUGGCCCAUCCUACUGUCCACCACGUGUAUCCCAGCAUUCCUGCAGCUCCUCAUUCUGCCCUGGUUCCCAGAGAGCCCUCGUUACCUGCUCAUCGACCAAGGAGAUGACCAAGGGUGCAAAAGUGCGCUGAAACGACUGCACGGCACCGAUAACUUUGACAGCGAGCUGGAGGACAUGGAGAGGGAGAGGGUCAGCGCAGGCGGGGUCAAAGCCAGGAAGCCCUGGGAGUUGUUCUCAGACCGCAGCCUCCGGUGGCAGCUUCUCUCCAUCAUCAUCAUCAACUGUGCUCAGCAGCUCAACGGCAUCAACGCUAUUUAUUUCUAUGCAGAUUAUGUGUUUAGGCAGGCUGGUAUUUCAGAGGAUAAGAUACCGUACACUGUUGUGGGAACGGGUGCCUGUGAGUGCAUCACUGCCCUAACUUGUGGCCUGCUUAUUGAAUGCUUGGGAAGGAAAGUGCUCAUCAUUGGAGGGUACACCCUCAUGUCUAUCUGGUGCAUUCUGUUCACUCUGACCCUCACCUUCCAAGAUGCUAGUCCAUGGGUUCCUUAUCUCAGCAUGGCAUGUAUCUUUGCUUUCAUCCUGAGCUUUGGUUUGGGGCCAGGCGGCGUGACAAACAUCUUGACCACGGAGUUGUUCACUCAGACCACACGCCCGGCUGCCUACAUGAUUGGAGGCUCUGUGAACUGGCUCAGUUUCUUCCUCAUAGGAAUGGUUUUCCCGUUCAUUGUGACUGGGCUGCAGCAGUACUGUUUCCUAGUGUUCCUGGUCGUUUGUUGCUUGGUGGCAAUAUACAUUUUCCUGGUGGUUCCCGAGACCAAGAACAAAACGUUCUUGGAGAUCCAUAAUGAGUUCCAGUCCAAGAAGAACCCCGGCAAAGCAGACAGUACUGAUGGAAAGACAACACUGAUGUCCACUCCUCUGUGAAACUCAGCCUCUGUUCAUCAUUCCACAUCUUCCAAUGCCGUGCAUGUCAUAACACCUGCUUCCAAAACUGGAAUCAAGAUUUAACCCAUUCUAACUAUAUAAUGUGGGAAUGUACAAAGCAUUACAAUUAAUUAGGUGCUAUUCUUUAUCUUAAUAUGGUAUGAAUACUAAAUGUUGUUUG